AUGGUCCUGGCGCUGAGGAGUCCAGAGAGUGAGAGAGCCCUCCAGGUCAUGACGUUCAUCGGCUGUGGAGUGUCCCUGUGUGGCUUACUCUUCACCUUCAUCCUCUUCUUUGCUGUGGGAGUUCCUAAGUCUGACCGCACCACUGUCCACAAGAACCUGAUUGUGGCUCUGGGGAUAGCUGAGCUGCUGCUGAUGUGCAGUGACUGGGCCUCUGCUAACGAGGGGGCAUGUCUGCUGGUGACGGCCCUGCUGCACCUCUUCUUCAUGGCCUCCUUCUCCUGGAUGCUGGUGGAGGGGCUGCUGCUGUGGAGUAAGGUGGUGUCUGUCAACAUCAGCGAAGACCGCCGGAUGAAGAUGUACUACGGCAUUGGCUGGGGUCUGCCUGUUGUGAUUGUUGGUGUAACCUUGAUGAUAUCCCUGGACAAGUACAAAGCAGACAGUCACUGCUGGCUCAAUGUCGAGACUGAUAUGAUUUGGGCUUUUGUGGGACCUGUUCUUUUAAUCUUGGCCGUCAAUGCGGUGGUGCUUUGCCGUGUUGUCAUGGUGACGGUGUCCAGCGCUCGUCGUCGCGUAAAGAAGCACACUCCCAGUUCAGCAUCUAAACUCCACACCUUUGACCUGACCUGGGCUGUGACACGACCAGUCCUUAUUCUACUGCCAGUGCUGGGCCUGACCUGGCUGUGUGGAGUCCUGGUGCACCUCUCCAUGGUGGUGGCGUAUGUCUUCAUUGCUCUCAAUGCCUUUCAGGGCCUGUACAUAUUCUUGGUGUAUGCGGUUUACAAUAGUGAGGUGAGGAAUGCCAUUAAGAGGAUCAAAGAGAAGAGGAAAGCCUUGUCUUUCACGAACUGUUCCCAGCCAAUCAGCUUCCUGCCAUCCCAGAGGGGUCCGGCCCAGUCGUGGACACACAGUCUGCCCCGUCCCUCCAGCCCAGAGACCAGCGGGACCUCAGGCCCCGGCAGCACCACCUCUACCUCACUGGUCAUCAAGAACGAGAGUUAUGGAAAAGAAAGUAGUUUUGUGAGCUUCUCUUUGAAACCAGCAUUAGGAAACCAGGUGGUUCAACUGACUGCUUUCAAGCCUUCAGGCUGCUGAUGGAAUUGGACACCAAGGCACAUGUAUCAUAUAAACUGGUGGAAAGAAAGAAGAAUUGCACAGUGAAUAUCACAAACAGAUACACACAAUAGAUGCAUCUACUCUCAUACACAUAUAGUAGUAGAUAGUGUAAAUAGACACACAUUCACACACACACACACACACACACACACACACACACACACACACACACACACACACACCCUACAUACAGAAUUAAAGACUCAAAUAUGUACUUGCAAGCACGCACACACAUACAGUGAUGUGUAUGUGAUGCAGUGUGUGAUGCAGGAAGUGUAUUUUAGGAGGACAGCUCCUCCUCCACAGUGCCCCAGGGUCAGGAAUCAUCUGCUGUUUAUGAAAUGGUUGUUUUACAGAGGCAACACAACGUUUGUCGUGUGCAUGUAGAUUUCAGUUUAAUUUUCUGUUGGAGAGUGGCUGAUCACACCUUCAGGCUUUUUUACAAUAAUAUUUGUGUGUGUGUGUGUGUGUGUGUGUGUGUGUGUGUGUGUGUGUGUGUGUGUGUGUGUG